AUGAAACUCUCAAGCUUUGUGCCAUUAUUCAAAGAUCCAAAAGUCAAGAGGUCAUGUUUAUGUGCCCUCUUUCCUAUAGCUUCCCUGUUGUGUCUAAUUCUCUUGUUAGGGAGCUUUGCAGAAAAUCAUAAAGAGAAAAGUUUGCUAUGGAAAGUGCGAAGCUCAUGUAAGAAUGAAUGCAGGCCUAAUGGAAGUGAGCCGUUACCUGAAGGUAUUAUUGCUAAGACUUCUAACUUGGAAAGACGGCCUUUAUGGGGUUAUCCAGAGCAGAAAAAAGAGCCUUCAAAGUACCUGUUUGCUGCAGCUGUUGGGCUAAAGCAAAAGGAAACAGUAAACAAAAUGGUACAAAAGUUUCUAUCAAGUGAUUUUGUGGUGAUGCUUUUUCACUACGAUGGUAAUGUCGAUGGAUGGAAGACUUUUAAAUGGAGUAACAGUGUAAUACACAUCUCAGCUUUGAACCAAACAAAAUGGUGGUUUGCAAAAAGAUUCUUACAUCCAGAUAUAGUUGCUGAGUACAGUUAUAUCUUCCUCUGGGAUGAAGACCUUGGAGUAGAAAAUUUCAACCCAAAACGAUAUAUAUCUAUUGUGAGAGAUGAAGGUCUUGAGAUUUCACAACCAGCACUAGAUAUCGGAAAAUCAGAGGUGCAUCAUCAGAUUACUGCUCGUGGGAGGAGAUCAAGAGUGCACAGGAGGACUUAUAAGGCUGGCGAUACUGGCACUCGGUGUGACUAUAACAGUAUGGCUCCUCCUUGUACAGGGUGGAUAGAAGUAAUGGCUCCUGUGUUUUCGAACUCUGCCUGGCGCUGCGUCUGGUAUAUGAUCCAGAAUGACUUGAUACAUGCUUGGGGUUUGGACAUGCAGCUUGGUUACUGUGCACAGGGAGACCGAACUCAAAACAUUGGGGUUGUCGAUGCUGAAUACAUUGUUCAUUAUGGCCUUCCAACACUAGGAGAACCUGAAAAAAAGAAGAAUCUGACGGUGAGUGGAGAAAACAUCACAAGCCUUAGAAAACAAGCGCCAUCUCAACCCAACACUCUCAAUUUCAGAGUGGAGGUGAGAAGACAAUCGUACAAUGAGUAUAAGAUAUUCAAAAGACGAUGGAAACAGGCUGUCGAGGAGGACACGUGUUGGACGGAUCCCUAUGCAGAGUCAGAGAAGUAAAGAUUGCUCAACAUGGACUUUCAGUGCGUCAGGUUCUAGUGGAGGUUCUUGAAAAGAAUGAGAUAAGAUGAGGGCGAGAUGCUGCAGAUUCAAGAAACGGAGAUCGGCAAGGUUUGCAUAUUAGCUGCCUAAAUUGAGCAUGAUCAAUCCUGAAAUUUUCGCCUUAACAGAAGGAAGGACCUCAGAUUUGUGAGUUCACAGUUUAAAGUAUCUGAUAUCUAUCAUAUGAUCAUCAAAAAUGUAAAGUGGAAGAUCUAAAUUUUAGAACGCUAGAAUGUACAGUUUCUAUAAAGUUGCAAUUUUGAUAGAUAAAUAUGCUACUCAAAAGUUGAAAGUGAUAAAGAUUGUGUAGUAUCUGUAUGUAUAGGAAUUGGAGUUACACAUUUUUGGAGCAAUGUAUGUAAUAUAUUGAGAUUCUCUGUGAA